AUGACUAAGUUGAGCACAUACAUCAUCUGCCUGUCGCUAUUAUGUUCGUGCCUUGUAGAGGCUGAAGAGAAGAAAAAAAACGAAAAGAGAGGAAUCUUCGGAGGACUUAUAGCACCAAGCUUAGCAUAUGGUGGAGGAUACGGAUAUGGUUUAGGUACUGGCCUCAAUUUAGGAGUUGGCCUUCCAUCAGGAAUAACUCUUACAACAGGAGGAGCUUUAAAUUCUGUAAUGAACGUUCCUUCUGGUAUUAGCUUAGGUGUUGGGGCAGCACCUAAUUCCGGAAUAGUAUUACCAUCUGGUAUUAACCUUUCCGGAACCAAUCUUCCUUCUAUAAUUAGUACCUCAUCUGGAGCUGGUCUGACUUCAGGAAUCAGUACGUCCUCUGGUACCAGUCUGCUCAAUGGAAUCAAUACGUCUUCUGCAGCCAGCCUGCCUAAUGGAAUUAACUUGGCUUACGGAACAAAUCUUGUAAAUUUGGUUUCUGGAGUAGGCCAGGCUACUCCCCAAACGCCACAGACCAUCACUGUCCCUGUCGACCGCCUAGUACCUGUAGCAGUAUCACAGCCAGUUCCUGUUCCUGUCGACAGGCCAGUGCCUGUUACAGUCAACCGCGCAGUCGCCGUUCCAGUAGAUCGGCCAGUUGCUGUAGCAGUCGAUAGACCAAUUGCCAUCAAUGUUCCUCAGCCAGUCUCAGUGCCAGUGUCCCAACCGGUACCCGUAGCUGUGCCAUCUCCAGUUCCUGUGAAUGUUAUCAACAAAGUUCUCGUUCCUGUCCCUCAGCCCUACACAGUUUUCAAGGCUAUACCCGUUUCCGUGGGCUCUUCUCAAAUCUCCGCAGGAGGACUUUCUGCUGGAGCUUCUCUUGGCAAUGGCUUAAAUUUGGGCUCUGGUUUCUACAGCAAAGGCGGUAUCAUAGGUGGUUCCUACGGCGGUCUUAAUCUUGGUCCAUAUUCUCUGGGAUCAUCACCAUUUCUGGGAGCAAAAACACUGUUUGGAAGAUAG